UUAAUCAUGCAGAUGAAUAUGACAAUAUCAUCUCGAGUAUUCACUGCAAUUCAAAACGUAAAUAUACGUGAAUUAUCGCAGUGUUCGCAAAGAGAGAUUCGACCUUUGUUGCCAUGUCUGGUACGUAUGAGUUUAAUUUCCCCGUUGGACAUCACCAGGGAGUGUGUCGAGGCGAGGAAGGAGAUCCUGACUAUCCUCUCCGGCAUCGAGUCCGUUAACUCAAUCGUCGCUUUGCUGUCAAUCGAUUUUCACGCACUUGAAACAGAUGUCCGCAAGGAAAUCCAAUUGAGACAAAAAAUCGGCAACACCCAGGGUGACAGUAUCCUGGCACAAUCUGUCCAAGGAGGUUUGGCCCAGGAAUUUGAGCGGAGCGAAUCAACCCUGAGAAUCCGGCUGGUCCUCAGCGAGCUGCUGUUCGUGUCUUCUCAGAUCCAGGAGCAUCAAAAGACAAAUGACUUCUCAAUAAAGCAGUCAGACUUGUUCGGCCCCGCAGUUUACAUGGAAGAGAUCAGCUACGUGAUUUGCAUCGCACUGGCUGAACUUCCUGCUCUGCUAUCCAUCAGUGAUAUUGCUGAGACUCUGUUGCACGUCAAGCACGGCCCGGAAAUAAUUUGCUGGGUGGUAGCAAAUAGUCCCGACAGUUUUUUCGACGUUUGUACGCACUUGAUAGCUAACGGGGAGCGCCAAGAAGAGUCUGCGUUGGGGAGAAUCAGGACUCAAGCGCUAACAAUGCUCUGUAGAAUGAACCCCUCACAGUCACUGGCGAUUCGUGCUAAAUGUGUUGAACUCUGUCGCAUGCCUGCAUUGGCGAUCACUCUCAGCUUGGAAAAGAAUUCAUUAGACUCUCCGGAGAGCGAUGUGGUAGCUUUUGUUUCAGGACUUUUGUUAGGAAGUGAUCAGCAAGUGAGAAACUGGAUUGGAUUGUUCAUUCGGAAUGGCCAGAAACGCAAGUGGGAGUCCCAUUCUGCCUUGCAGUCGUUGAGAGAUGAAAUUUUGACUCGCUUGAAGGCUAUUGUUACUGAUGUUACUGCUGCUGAUGGUCAGCUUGUUGAGUCUCAGGUAGUAAAAGCCAGCGCAUUGCUGAGACUCUACUGUGCAUUGCGAGGAAUCGGUGGGAUAAAAUUUCAAGACGACGAAGUGACAAUGAUAGUCCAGCUGCUGACAUCACACCCUCCACCAUCACCAGCUGGAGUCAGAUUCGUAUCUGUCGGGCUGUGUAUGUUGAUCGCGUGUCCAUCUCUGAUCGGUCAUCACCAGUUAGAAAAAAAGAGUAUCGAGUGGGUCCAGUGGUUGGUUCGCGAAGAAGCUUACUUCGAGAGCGCCAGUGGUGUAUCUGCAAGUUUCGGAGAAAUGUUGCUGCUUAUGGCCAUUCAUUUCCACAGCAACCAGCUGUCAGCAAUCUGCGACCUGGUUUGCGCGACUUUGGGCAUGAAAGUGCCAAUUAGACCUAACAAUUUAACGCGUAUGAAGCAGAUUUUUAUGCAAGACAUCUUCACAGAGCAAGUGGUCACUGCUCACGCAGUUAAAGUCCCAGUGACUGCUAACUUGAACGCCAAUAUUCCAGGAUUUCUACCUGUUCAUUGCAUCCACCAGUUGCUUAAAUCCAGAGCGUUCUCCAAACACCGUGUUCCAAUUAAAAAUUGGAUUUACAGACAAAUUUGCAACAGCACGGCGCCGCUGCAUCCGGUUUUGCCAGCUCUGGUUGAAGUUUAUGUCAACUCAAUUCUGGUGACCGGUAGCAAGACUACAGAGCACACCAACAAGCCCAUCACCGAGGACGAAAUUCGCAGAGUCUUUCAGCACAGCGUUUUCGGAGAGAAUUUCAAAUCUUCUAAACGCAGCGCGCUGAGUAUCAUGGAAUUAGAUGCUGAAAAUAUAGACGUGGAUACAACUAAACCAUCAUUGACGUCCCAAUUAUUGUUCUUAUACUAUCUACUACUGUAUGAGGAUGUCAGGAUGACGAACAUGUCUAAUUUCUUGUCGCAAGGCCGAAAAGUCAAAAGUUACUCGGUGGAGUUCUUGAGCGAACUGCCAAUGAAAUAUUUGCUACAACAGGCUCAGAGAGAUCAGCUUAACUACGCGAGUUUAUUCUCGCCGCUGCUGAGGUUACUGGCGACUCACUUCCCACAUUUGUCUCUUGUCGACGACUGGCUGGAUGAUGAGAUGAUUAAUAUUGACUCCACGGCGGCUAAUUAUGAUAAUGUUGUUAUCAAUGAGUUGACGGUCAAAGAAGCAUUCAAGAAUAUUAAAAGUUGUCCAAGCAGAACUGGAAGGGUGUUAAGACAGAUGAUGAUCAUGAAGCCUACUGAGAUUUGGGGCUAUUCUGAGACUAUUAUUAGUUACUUCAAAACGAUAUUGGAUGAGAAAGUACCGCGAUAUAUACAGGAAUUAUACAAGCAAGUAUGGCUAAGAUUUAACACGGUAUUACCACGUUUUUUGUGGGUAAUGUCAAUAAACGCAUUACUGAUGGAAAUCCCGACGGUUCAAAAUGUAAGAUUGACACAAGAAAAUAUCGUUCUUGAUCCACUUCAGGUAUUACGCUGUGACGCCAGGGUAUUUAGAUGUGCGCCGGUCUUAUCUGUUAUUCUGAGAAUUUUACAAGCAACACUGGCCGCAUCAAGGUCACAGCUCUCACGUCACAUGCAAGAUAGACCCAUGACCGAAAAAGUCGGCCAGCUAACCAACGAAUCUGAAAGAGAGGACCUUCGCACUGCCUUGGUUGCUGGACAAGAGAGCGCUGCGGUUCAGAUCUUGUUGGAAGCGUGUUUGGAAACUGAAGAAGACCGAGUCGUACCGGGACAACUUUGGUCGCUGCGUGAGAUCCGCAGUGUUGUUUGUUCGUAUUUACACCAGGUCUUCAUUACCGAUCCGUCGUUGGCUAAAUUAGUUCACUUUCAGGGUUACCCACGUGAUUUGCUGCCCAUAACUGUCGCUGGAAUACCAUCAAUGCACAUCUGCUUAGACUGGAUACCUGAACUACUCUCUCAGCCGGAGCCAGAAAAACAAAUUUUUGCAGUUGAUUUAGCUUCGCACCUCGCGGUUCAAUACGCACUGCCUAAAGCUCUCAGCGUUUCACGAUUAGCAAUAAAUACUUUGAUUACUUUGCUGGGAGUACUACCUGCCAAGGAACGUGUUGUACUUUUUAUACCAGUUCUGUCGGCGUUGACGCGAAUUUGUUUGGCGUUCCCACCACUUGCUGAAGACACUACAGGACUUCUUUUACAGUUAGGAAGAAUCAGUUCAGCCCAAGCAGCGCUUGGUGACAAAUCCGCGGAAAUUCUUUGUCACCAAGUCAAUCUUACGUUUUCUUCGUUACUACAGAAAGCCAUCUUACAGUCCAAAGUUUAUUAA